AUGUUAUUAAUAUUCUAUUCGAAUUUAUAUAUUAGUCUUUUUCUAUUUAUUACAACUAAAAUUCAUUCAUUUAUUAUAAUCAAUGAUACCGAUUCUACUAAUCAAUUGUAUCCGUAUGAAUCAAUAUCGAAUAUUAAAUUACCAUUUUCAAUUUUAAAAUCAUCAAAUAAUCAUCAACAAUAUCGUCAAACAAUUAAUUAUCAAAAACAAUUUUCAAAAUUAGAUAUAACAUCACUUGUUGAUUAUAUGAAAUCAAUUUAUGAUCAAACAAAUUAUUAUUCAUCAUCAACAAAAAAUUAUUUAUUUCGAAAUGGAAAUACAAUUCGAGCAAUUGCAUCAAAAAUAAAUUUGGAAGAAAUUUCACAUCUCGUUUAUGAAUUCUAUGUAUCUAUUCUAUUGUAA